AUGAGAGACUCGCUUGAGUUGGCAUCGCUCGCCUCAUCGGAGGACGACCUUGCACAAUCCUCGUCGGAAUCCGGGGUAAGCUCAUCACGUCGCGCUUCCCUAGAGAAUGAGGAUUCUAUAGCCGGCGAAUUAUACGAACCCACACGCCCUGGUCACGGCCGAUCAUAUUCUGUCUCUUCUGCCUUCGAUUUCGGCACCACCCUUUUCCCCCUUUCUCAGACAGUUGGAGGGUAUGCGCCGCUAGGUGCGCCUUCAGCAGUAUCCCUGGAACAUGAUGGUAGUAUAAGGGAUGGUUCACUGGAGAGGCACAAGACAUUGACAUAUCUAAAUGGAUUGUCUCUGAUUAUCGGGUUAAUAAUCGGAUCUGGCAUCUUUUCGUCGCCUGGCCAGGUCAACAGCAAUGCAGGUUCUCCGGGUGCUUCGCUCAUUGUAUGGGUUGUUGCUGGAUUGCUUGCCUGGACAGGAGCUGCAAGCUAUGCAGAACUGGGCGGAGCUAUUCCACUUAACGGUGGUGCACAGGUCUAUCUUUCAAAGAUAUUUGGCGAGCUGGCCGGCUUUCUUUUUACCUGGACUGCGGUUUUCGUUCUGAAGCCAGGGUCCAACGCAAUAAUAUCGAUUAUAUUCGGUGAAUAUAUUGUUGAAGCGAUAGUUGGCACAAAGGUCGACUCUGUUAAUCCCUGGAUUUCCAAAGCUGUUGCGUUGGCUAGCAUUAUCGCCGUUACUCUGCUGAAUUGCAUAUCAACGAAAGUGGGCACCCGCGUCGGAAACCUCUUCAUGUUCUUCAAAUUUAUUGCACUACUUGCGGUCACUAUUAUUGGCAUUGUUGCUGCGGUCACAGGCUUGUCUUAUGAUGGAAACCCUAACAAGGAAUGGAAGACGAAAAAUUGGUUUGAUGGUACCAGUACAAGUAUAUCCAGCUGGGCUGUGGCCUUGUACUCUGGUCUAUGGGCUUUUGAUGGAUGGGAGAAUACAAACUAUGUAACCGGGGAAUUCAAAAACGCGGGUCGCGAUCUGCCCCGUGUAAUUCACACUGCCAUGCCACUUAUGAUAAUAUGCUACGUACUUGCAAAUAUCUCUUACGUUCUAGUUCUACCGGCAUCCACAAUCUCCGGUACCAAUACCAUUGCCGUGCAUUUUGGAGCAAAAGUGUUCGGUCCCAUUGGAGCCGCUGCCCUUGCCCUUGUUGUAUCUGGAAGCUGUAUCGGGGCUCUGAAUGCCUCGGUUUUUACAAGUGGUAGAUUGAUAUAUGCAGCUGGUAAAGAGGGUUAUUUUCCAUCUAUAUUUUGCAGGGUUGGGCUUAGCGAAUCGUCAAAUCCUAUGACAGGGCGCUUACAACGUCGUUCCUUUAUCAAAAAGACAAUUGCGCGAAUGUUCGGCGAUGACAUUGGUAUCGGAUAUACCCCAAUAUAUGCAAUGACUUUUAACAUGGUACUUUGCAUGUGCUAUAUCCUUGUUGGUGAAUUCAAGACCCUUGUCACUUUUUACGGGGUAGCUGGUUAUUCCUUUUAUUUUCUCACGGUUUUGGGACUUAUUAUGCUUCGAAUUCGUGAGCCUCGGUUAGAGCGGCCUUAUAAAACGUGGAUAUCGACGCCGAUAAUUUUCUGCUGCGUGAGUUUGUUUCUGCUCAGUCGAGCUGUGUUUGUUGAACCAUUGCAAGCACUUACCGUUGUUGGCUUUUGGAUUGUUGGAGUUCCUGUAUAUUAUUGGCGAAUACACCAACGAGAUGGAAAGCUCCAGCUUGGAAGCUGGUGGAAAUUCUGGGCAAAGUCCCGGGAAUGA